GGUUGUUUUGCUUCUUUUCCCUCUUUAUUUUUCCUUCAGGGUGUAGAUUAUCCAGCUCCAGCAGAACUCCAACUUCACCAGAAUCGGUGUCGGUUCGGUUCGGUUCGGACCUCUGGCUCCCACUCAGCCGGAGCCGGGGCACAUUUCAUCCGCAGUGGAGUUGUCUUCCGCCGACAUCGAGCGAAAAGGUGCAGCCGAUCCCAGGCCUCCAAUCCAGGGCGGAGGGAGGGAAGGAGGUCGCUGGGAAUCGGGAUGGAGACGACGGCUAGUGGCGGAGGGCCCGGCGGACCGGACGGACCGGACGGACCCGGUCGCGGGUUCGGCUGCGCGUCCUUCAACCAAGACUCCACGUCACUGGCUCUGGGAACAAGGACUGGGUACAAGCUGUUUUCUUUGACCAUGGUGGAAAAGCUGGACUGCAUCCAUGAGAGUGUAGAGACUCCAGAUGUCUACAUUGUGGAGCGUCUGUUCUCCAGCAGUCUGGUGGUGGUGGUGAGCUCUUCCAUUCCGCUGCGCAUGUACAUCUACCACUUCAAGAAGGGGACAGAGAUCUGCAAUUACAGCUACCCCAACAACAUCCUGGCUGUCAAGCUUAACAGACAGAGGCUUGUUGUGUGCCUUGAAGAGUCCAUUUAUAUCCACAACAUUAAAGACAUGGAGCUGCUACAAACGCUUCUCAACACUCCACCCAACCCCUCAGGUCUGUGUGCUCUUUCUGUCAACCAUUCCAACUCGUACUUGGCCUACCCUGGCAGUGCCACCAUUGGGGAGAUUGUGGUGUAUGAUGCCAACAAUUUGACCACAGUGACACUGAUCCCAGCUCAUGACAGUCCUCUGGCAGCUCUCACCUUCAACGUCUCCGCCACCAGGCUAGCCAGCGCAUCCGAGAAAGGCACCGUCAUCAGAGUGUUUUCCAUUCCUGAAGGCCAGCGUCUGUUUGAGUUCCGCCGGGGUAUGAAGAGGUACGUCACUAUAAGCUCUCUGUCAUUCAGCCCUGAUGGCCAGUUCCUCUGUGCGUCCAGCAACACAGAGACGGUGCACAUCUUUAAAAUGGAACAAACGGGACCAAGCCGAGGGGAUGAGGACUCCAGCUGGGGAGCCUAUGUGGGGAAGAUGUUCUCUACAGCCAGCAGCUACUUCCCAGCUCAGGUAUCUGGUAUGAUGAGCCAGGACCGGGCCUUCGCCACCGUUCACCUCCUUGCAUCAGGCCAGAAGAACAUCUGCACCCUGGCUAUAGUCCAGAAGCUUCCACGGCUCCUCGUAGCUACAGCUGAUGGCCAGCUUUUCAUCUACAACCUUGAUCCGCAGGAUGGAGGCGAGUGUGUACUGGCUCAGAAACACAGGUUGUUUGGUGUUGAUGAGGACCAAGCUGAAGUGUCAGAUCCUGAAGGGUCAAAGGUCACAGGACCAGCACAGACAUGUCCAACAUAUGCUGCCACCGCUGCCUUACCUGCCACUGGUCCCAUUACUGCAACCCUCACUGGUUACUCUGAGGACGGUGGUGCAAAGAAAGGUGAAAUCAUCCCAGAGCAUGAGUUCGCAGCCGGCCCUGUGUGUCUGGACGACGAGAACGAGUUUCCUCCUAUUAAUUGGUGUCGCGACAGGACCGGAGGCGGCCAGGGGAGACACUCGUGAUUGACACUCGAGACAGACAAUGAGACCAACCUCAGUUUUUCAUUGUGCCAAGUUAUUUUUUUUUAAUUUAGAGAAAUAAUAAGACUGAUUAACAACAGCAUUAGAGCUGAUGUGGAAAACAAAACACUGACCAA